AUGCCGUCCUUUCUGACCAUCAUCGUCACGCUUCUCUUUGUCUACUGUUCCUCGCUCGUGUACCGCCUCCUCGUCAACCUGUUCGAUGCCAGGAAGUCGGGCCUUCCGUACGUUAUCAUCCCAUGGGACCAAAACAAUCUCUUCUGGUUGGUGGUGGGUGUCCCACUGCGCCCUUGGUUAAAGAGGAACCUGCCAAAAUGGGCCUACGACCGGCUGUCCCUUACAAUUUACGGAUUCGAAUUCCACGAAGGGCUUCGCCCAUUUGAACAGCAUGCCGCCCCUCAGGGGAACGACAAGUCGUAUGCGAUCGUCACUGUCGGUGCCUUCGAAGUCACCACCCGAGAUCCGGAGAUUGUAGCUGAGGUCCUCCGUCGACCAAGAGAUUUUAUGCAGGUGGACCUCUCAGGGCUCUUUAUGGGGAAGUUCGGGCCCAAUGUCCUAACCAGCAAUGGCGAUUCUUGGGCGAGGCAGAGGAAGGUUGUCGCUGGUGUGAUAAAUGAGCGCAUCUCGAGAACAGUUUUUAGCGAGAGCAUUCACCAGACUGGGGGGCUUCUGGACGAAGUCGUUGGAGAUGGUAAUGCAGCCGAAACUGACCGCAUCUUCGACAUGAUGAGGAAAAUCACCAUCAACGUUCUCAGCGGGGCCGGCAUGGGCACUUCGGUAGAGUGGAAUGACCACGGAAACGAGAAACCGAGACCCGGUUCCAAAAUGACAUACAUCGAAGCCAUCAAGCAUAUCAUCCGAGCUAUCGUCGGUCCCAUUAUCCUGCCACAGUGGUUUCUGGCAAACUACCCCAGCUGCCUACCUGGUUAUAAGACUUUAAACUCGCUCGGCUACGCCAUGUUGGAAUUUCCAAUACAUACGAGGAACAUGCUGAACGAAGAGCGCCAGAGAAUCGCUUCCACCCACGGGGAAACCAGGAGCAACAUAUUGUCACAAUUGCUGCAUGCCUCAGAUCCAGGCGAUGGGAGGCUGAAAGAUUCCAAGGCUUUAUCUGAGGACGAGAUGGUGGGCAACCUCUGGAUCUUCACCGCGGCUGGGUUCGACACAACAACCAACACGCUUGCAUAUGCACUACUCUUACUAUCACGAUAUCCAAAGUGGCAAGAAUGGGUAUUCGAGGAGAUUGACAGUAUCAUGCCAAUGAACAGCUCGGCGGGCUUGGACUACGCCUCCAUAUUUCCCCAAGCAACCCGCGUCCAAGCUUUGCUCCUCGAAGUUCUGCGCCUUUUCACCCCUACUAUCCACAUUCCAAAGCAGAACAAAGCCCCGCAGAAAAUUCAAACCUCUCGAGGUUUGUUCUACAUUCCGCGCAACAGCACGAUCUAUCUGAAUACCGUCGGGCUGCACAUCGAUCCCGCAGUUUGGCGGAACCUCAACCUCGCCGAGAACGAAGAGAAGAGUGAGACCGAUGAGCUCGAAUUCCGACCGACACGCUGGCUCGUCAACCCGCCUGCAGAAAGUCUGCAAAUCUUCAAGCCACCCAAGGGAGCUUACGUGCCUUGGUCUGCUGGGCCUAGAGUGUGUCCCGGUCAGAAAAUGGCGCAGGUGGAGUUCACAGCCAUCUUUCUGAAGCUAUUCCAUAAGCAUCGGAUUCACGCUGUUCCCUUAAAAACCGCCACUGGGGAGUUGGAGACAAGAACUGAGGUAGAGAGCAGGCUUGAUGCGAGGAUGAGGGAUAGUAUUAGUUUGCUGACUCUUCAGAUGAAUGAUAUAUAUGACGUUGAGGAAGGGAAGGAUAAGGGGUUGAAACUUAGAUUGAGUAAGAGACAGUAG